AUGGCAACCCAAGCAUCCUUGGACCAACAACUCCUUGAGAUUAUCAAUUAUAUGGAACAAGAGGGUAUAGUGGAUCACCACUUUAAGAUUGUUCGCUCUUUAAAGGAGGCAACUAGUCCUUUCUUUUUUGCAGAGUUGAUUCCUACCUAUUGCUCUGAUGCACGACUCAUUAUAAAGGAGUUAACUAAUUCAUUGGGACAAAAUAAUAUUGAUUAUAAUCAAUUAGAUAAUCUAUGCUUGAAACUUAAAGGAGGCACAUCAUGCCUUGGUGCUUGUCGCAUGGCAAAUGCAUGUGCCGAAUUUCGUCAUGCUAUUGAUGAAAAAUCAAAGGAUGGGUGUGUUACAAUGUUGAAUACAAUCAAAGAAGAAUUUUUAGUCUUGCAAGACAAUUUAGAUAAUAUUCUUGAGUUGGAAAAGAGAAUCAUCUCUCAUGUUUCCAAAGAUUCAUGA